UAUUCGCUACUGUCAUUUGAAUAAUCUGGAAAAAUAACCUAUUUUUUUAAUAUUUUAAAUAAAAUAAUUAUUUUUAAAUGAAACUCGUCUUGUUAUAUAUUUAAUAAAUAGAUUCAUAAAAUAAAAUGCAUACUGCCAGUCGUUUGGCUAGAAACUCUUUUUUGAGUGUUAAACUGAAGAAUCUGUCUAUAAGAUUACCUCGCAACUUUACAAAAGUUGCAUCACAUAGUAAGCCGGUGGAAAUUGAUGGCAAAGUAUUACGGUAUGGUUAUGGAAUUUACGGGUUACGGAACAGUCGCAGUUGCUGCCAUAGCGAGAUUUAUUUUCCUACAUCGCGACAGGUAGCGAGUACGAGAUUUUACUCUACAGGGAAUAAAAAUGAUCCCCCGGAGGGUGAUCCAGAGGGGAAAGAUGAUGCUCCUUUAUUCUCAAGCCAGCUUCCGGCCACAGUUGCUGUGCCUGAAGUUUGGCCACAAGUUCCAGUUAUUGCUAUUAAUAGAAAUCCAGUGUUUCCAAGAUUUAUAAAAUUAAUUGAGAUCAGUAAUCCAGUUCUAAUAGAUCUAAUCAGACGUAAAGUAAAAUUAAAUCAACCUUAUGUUGGUAUAUUUUUACGUAAGAAAGAAGAAGACAAAUCUGAUGUAGUGUCCAGUUUGGAUGAGUUGCAUGAUGUUGGAGUGUUUGCACAAAUACAUGAGAUGCAGGAUAUGGACUAUAAGCUGAGGCUGGUCGUGAUGGCACACCGCAGGAUCAAGAUUACAGGCCAGUUUGUUGAGGAGGAGAUAGAAACUGGUCCAGCAGAAAUGAAGCUGAAGUUUCCCUUAUUUAACGUGGAGUUUGACGUUACGCGUGAAGAGACAGAUGCCGAGAGACGCCGACGGAAGUACCGUAAUUCGAGGAAAAAGGUCGAUCCACAGGCUGACAGUACCAAGGAGGCGCCCAAAAAACCUCCGCCAGACCAGGUCAUGAUGGUGAAAGUGGAGAACUUGACGCACCAAAAGUUCCAACAGACUGAAGAAGUGAAGGCGUUGACUCAAGAAGUCAUCAAAACUAUACGGGAUAUCAUCAAUUUGAAUCCUCUAUAUAGGGAGUCCCUUCACCACAUGUUGGCUCAGGGCCAGCGCGUGGUCGACAAUCCUGUGUACCUGAGCGACCUCGGGGCCGCGCUCACUGGCGCCGACACCGCCGAACUGCAAGCCGUACUUGAAGAAAUGGAUAUACCAAAAAGACUGAUGAUGUCACUCUCUCUGCUGAAGAAAGAGUAUGAACUAUCGAAACUACAGCAGAAGAUAGGUAAGGAAGUGGAGGAGAAAGUGAAGCAGCAACAUCGAAAAUAUAUACUACAUGAACAGCUCAAAGUUAUUAAGAAGGAGCUAGGCCUAGAGAAGGACGACAAGGACGCGAUAGGGGACAAGUUCCGCGAGCGUCUCGCUGACAAGACCGUCCCACAAGCGGUGCAGACCGUCAUCGACGAGGAGCUCAACAAGUUGAACUUCUUGGAGAGCCACAGCUCCGAGUUCAAUGUGACACGAUGCUACCUGGACUGGCUGACUUCCCUUCCAUGGGGCAUCACAUCUGAAGAGAACCUGAAGUUGGAAGAUGCACAGGUUAUCCUCGAUGAAGACCAUUACGGUAUGGAGGACAUCAAGAAGCGGAUCCUCGAGUUCAUAGCCGUGUCGCAGUUAAAGGGCAGCACCCAGGGCAAGAUUCUUUGCUUCCAUGGUCCACCUGGUGUGGGCAAGACUAGUAUAGCACGGUCGAUCGCGCGAGCUCUGAAUCGCCAGUACUUCCGGUUCUCGGUGGGCGGCAUGACGGACGUGGCAGAGAUCAAGGGUCACCGCCGUACAUACGUGGGCGCCAUGCCCGGCAAGCUGGUGCAGUGUCUCAAGAAGACCGCCACCGAGAACCCGCUCGUGCUCAUCGACGAGGUCGACAAAAUUGGCAAAGGUGUCCAUGGUGACCCAUCGUCAGCGCUACUAGAGCUUCUCGACCCUGAGCAAAACGCCAACUUCUUGGACCACUACCUGGACGUGCCUGUGGACCUCUCCAAGGUGCUGUUCAUUUGCACAGCAAAUGUAGUUGACCUUAUACCUGAACCGCUCCGGGACAGGAUGGAGCUGAUCGAUAUGUCUGGUUACGUGGCGGAGGAGAAGUUGGCGAUAGCACAGCAGUACCUGGUGCCCACCGCUCGCACCAACUGUGGCCUCACUGCCGAGCAGUUGGAUCUCACUGCCGAGUCGCUGCACACACUCAUACGUUCCUACUGCCGGGAGUCGGGCGUUAGGAACUUGCAGAAGCAUAUCGAAAAGAUCGCGCGUAAAGUGGCAUACAAGAUAGUGAAGAAAGAGAUGGAGCAGGUGACAGUGACGGAUGCCAACUUGAGCGAGCUGGUGGGCAAGCCGACGUUCAAGCACGACCGCAUGUACGAGGACACGCCGCCUGGAGUUGUCAUGGGGCUCGCCUGGACCGCUAUGGGUGGCAGUACACUAUAUAUCGAGACGGCCCUCCGGAACACGCAGCGGGACGACAAGUCGCUGUCUGGCUCGCUGGAACUGACGGGUCACCUGGGCGACGUGAUGAAGGAGUCCGCCCGGAUCGCGCUCACCGUCGCCAGGAACUACCUCACCAGUCAUCAUUCGGACAACGACUUCCUCAACACCAGCCACCUGCACCUGCACGUGCCGGAGGGCGCGACGCCGAAGGACGGCCCGUCGGCCGGCGUGACCAUCGCCACCGCGCUGCUGUCGCUGGCGCUGCGGCGGCCCACGCGCCGCGACCUGGCCAUGACGGGCGAGCUGUCGCUCACUGGCCGCGUGUUGCCCGUCGGCGGCAUCAAGGAGAAGAUCAUCGCGGCGAAACGAGUGGGUAUAAACUGCGUGAUAUUGCCGGAGGAGAACCGACGCGACUUCGACGACCUGCCAUCCUUUAUAAAGGAGAAUAUCGACAUACACUUCGUGAAUGUGUACGACGACGUGUUCAAAAUCGCCUUCGACCAACAGCAGGUUUAGUUUCAUGCAAAUUUAGACUCUAUUGUAUUGUAGUUAGUCACAGUUCAGAGUAUCGAAUGUUUGUUCAGCCAUGAGUCGUCUAAAGUUGUUAGUAUGUAAAUUAGAUUGUAUUUAUUAUGUAGAUAUUGACGAUAAUUAUGUAGUGCGUUUGUUUUCCCUGUGGGUGUGUCAUUUGUGCAUCAAUUUAGCCCAAAAGAGUGGGGGUACAAUUCAUAACCUUAACUAAGUGAGCAGAUAUUUUAUUUAAAUUGUCUUAAAAACAUGUUGUAAAUUUUGAUUCAAAAAUAGUCUUGUAAAAUGUUACAUUUUUAAAUGCUUUUAAGGUUGAAAACCAAAUAUGCUGUAUAAUGUUGGAUAAAAUUGGCAAAGUCAUUAUCAAAUUUCUACAAAAGACUUAAAAUUGAACAUGCAAUGGAGCGGAAAUAAUAAAUUGUUCGUGUAAAUCUAAAAUUAUUCCUAAAUGACUGCUGUGUUUGGUUUGGAAUUUUGUAUGUUUCCUUAAAUAUAUCGAAUUUUUCAAAUCGGACAACUUACAGUCAUGCAUUUUAAAAAUCUUAGUCGUAUGAUAGAAUGUAAAUAAUAGUAAUUAAGUUAGAUUUAGUUUAACCUUAAAUUGUUGCUUUAGUUUGUAAGAAAGUUGUUAUAUGAGUGUAAAUUUUCAUUUAUAUAUUUUUUUUAUAAUAAUAACUGCCGCUAUUAAAUAAUAAAUUACAUUUACUUAGAUCUACUAGCCACCGAACUAGGCCGAGCCUGUAUCUCUGUGGAUAGUUAAAUAACUUCCUUUGACUUAAAUAUUUAUAAAAGACAUUACAAUAUCUAAUAUAAACACACUUAAAUUUGCAAUGUCCAAGAUAAUUUUGGUGUAACAUAGUUAAAUGUGGGCAGUAUCAUAUUAUAUUAAAGUUGGAUUAUUAAAGUAAAUAUUUUUUUAUAUUAUGUAGUUUAUAAUUUCACAUUUAUAUGAAUAAGUAUCCCUACAGAGUUCAAGCUGUGUACAAGUGUUUUGCUGACAGUCCUCGCGUUCACACUGGAACAAAGGUGGUGUAAACUAAUUCUUAUUACAUUACUGCAUCGAGUAUGUACAAUAUUGCGGACCGCGUGUAUGCAGAUUAGGUUCUGUAGGGUUACUUAUCUAUGUGUUCAUGUCCCCUAUCUAUGAAUAUAUGAAUUAAUAGAUGAAUUUAAAGUUAUUAGACAUUGCUUCUGAAGGAAAUAUUGCUGUUUGAAUAAUAUAAAUAUUAUUUUUAAAACAAAUUAAACCAAAUCCUUUUUAUUAUUACACUAAAUACAUUUAUUACCCUUAGCUUCGUUUAAAGGACAAGUCAAAGCCCAUUUUCUUUCACUGUAGUUAACUUUUUCCUUUCUUACUUUAUUUCUUUUUUAAUUUUACUAGAUUCGUUAUAUAUAUGUAGUAUAUAUUGUUAUAAUAGGUAGUUUAAUAAAUAAUAUGUAUUGUACGUAAAAAUUAUUAAUUCACUCUUGCGCCACCUACCCACUUCUAUGUGUUCUCCUUUAACCAAAAGUUGUCUUUAAGAGAUUGUCCUAGCGAUAACACCCGAUGUACCUUUAUGCAUAUAUUUUAAUCUGUACUUUAUGCUACUGUAUUUCAAUUGUUUAUAUGUCAUUAUUUUUGUUUCGGGUGCAAUAAACAGUUAAAUAAAUAAAUAAUAGUAGAGAUUAAAACAAUGCAUACCACAAAUGUUAUGUCCUCCGCGGCCUAGACGUACGAUCAGGUUCGAUUCCUGGUUAAGGCAAUUUAGUAAAUAUUUUUAAGUUUGGACGUUUGUGUGAGUCACCAUCAGAUACUUGAUGGCUGGUUACUUAUAUGGAAUUUAAUU